CCUUGUAGUUCACGCGAGUCUGUCGCCAUGUUUGGUUAUUUUAUUUGUUUUUAAAGCGGAGUAACACCAGACAAAGUAAAACGCUCCAAGUUUGAUGUGCCGUGGAAUUUCAUUUGAAUUAAUGAAAAACAAGGAUCGCGUCCGCACUCUAUUGUCGUAGAAUAUUUUUUUGCCAGUGCAACUGCAUCCAGUGAGAAAAAACAACAACAGUAAUCGUUCCAUUUACACAAAAAUAGCCUAAAAAUUCGACAGCAAAACAACAACAACAGCAGCAGCAGCAGCCGCGGCACCAAUACCAACGACAACAACAACAACACUUAACUGUAAAACGCCGCAACGCUACGCAACGCAACAGAGCAAAAAGCGCUGAAAAGUGUUACACAAAGUGAAAUUGCCUUUUGCGGCACACCAAAUUAAGUACACGGCAACAGCAACGGCAACAGCAGCGGCAACAGUAGCAGUAGCAGCAGCAAUAACAAAUAACAUUUUGUGCGUGUGCGUUGAUUUUUGAGAGCUGCUGUAGUUGAGCAGCGAACAAUUCCAAUUGGAAUCCACUGCUGCCUGCAUCUAUUGAAGGCCGACAACAACAACAACAACAAAAAACAUACAAAACAAAAACAAAAACAAAAAAAUGGGCGAUUUUGAUUUAAAUGUGGACAGUCUCAUACAGCGGCUGCUGGAAAUGCGCAGCUGCCGCACCGGUAAACAGGUGCAGAUGACGGAGGCGGAGGUGCGCGGAUUGUGCUUGAAGUCGCGCGAGAUAUUCUUGCAACAGCCGAUAUUGCUGGAACUGGAGGCGCCAUUGAUCAUCUGUGGCGAUAUACACGGCCAGUACACAGAUCUGUUGCGUCUAUUCGAAUAUGGCGGUUUUCCACCGACUGCCAAUUAUCUGUUUCUCGGCGACUAUGUGGAUCGUGGCAAGCAAUCUCUGGAGACGAUCUGUUUGCUGUUGGCCUACAAGAUCAAAUAUCCGGAGAAUUUCUUCUUGUUGCGCGGCAAUCACGAGUGCGCCAGUAUUAAUAGAAUUUAUGGCUUUUACGACGAGUGCAAGCGUCGCUACAAUGUUAAACUAUGGAAGACCUUCACAGAUUGUUUCAACUGUCUGCCAGUGGCCGCGAUUAUUGAUGAGAAGAUCUUCUGUUGCCAUGGUGGCCUCAGUCCCGAUCUGCAGGGCAUGGAGCAGAUCCGUCGCCUGAUGCGUCCCACAGAUGUGCCCGACACCGGGCUGCUCUGCGACCUGCUGUGGAGUGAUCCCGACAAGGAUGUACAGGGCUGGGGCGAAAACGAUCGUGGCGUUAGCUUCACUUUUGGCGUUGAUGUCGUCUCCAAGUUCUUGAAUCGACACGAGCUGGACUUGAUUUGUCGUGCACAUCAGGUCGUUGAGGAUGGCUACGAGUUCUUUGCGCGCCGUCAGCUGGUCACAUUGUUCUCGGCGCCAAACUAUUGCGGCGAAUUCGAUAACGCUGGCGGCAUGAUGACCGUGGACGACACGCUCAUGUGCUCAUUCCAGAUACUGAAGCCAUCCGAAAAGAAGGCCAAGUAUUUGUACAGCGGCAUCAACUCAUCUCGGCCAACAACACCGCAGCGCAGCGCUCCAAUGUUGGCGACCAACAAGAAGAAAUAAUAUAUCCAUCCGCUUCCAUUUCCUUAAAGGUUUAACCUCAACCUCAACAGCAGCAACAUCAGCAAACAACAGCAACAAAUACAACAACAACAACAACAACAACAACAACAACAACAACAGCAAACAACAAAUACACGAAUAACUUUUAUAUAUAUAUUAUACAUACGUACAUAAAUAUGUCAAAAUUUAAUGUGUGCAAGUAAUUAACUAGUUGAAAAAGCAAACAAAAAGAAAAAAACAAACUUCAAAUGAAAAUUACAAAAAAACAAACAAAAAAAGAAAAUACAGCCCCACAAAAUAAGCAAAGAAAAUCGUUUGAGACGAAAGAUGGCUAAAACGUGUUGACAGAUUAAUAAAAUAAAUAAACAGAUCAUCUUAUAUACAUGAUAUAUAUAUAUAUAUAUAUAUAUAUAUAUAUUCAAUAUAAUAUAUGUAUAUAGAUAUAUUGUAUAUGUAACUGCAUGUUAUUAUUAACUGUAUACAAACUUCUAUAUUAUUUAUUUACUUUACAUGUACAUACAUGUUGCUAAAUGCAUAUUGACUACACUACACUACACUACACUACACUACACUACACUAUACUA